AUGACCUCAAGCUGUAACGUAUGGCAGAGGUUCCUGGACCGCUGCAUCGAGACGCGCCUUGACCCUGAAACCUUCAAAACCUACGUCGAGCUCCUCCACAACCAAAGCCCCCUUCAGCCAGCACGGAUACUAGAUAUUUUUCUUGCGCCGCGAGAAGAUAUCAAUUCGGCUCUCGAUCCGCGUGUCGUCCGCUACCUGCAGGUUCUGCUGAGCCUGGAUCUGGUCAAUGUGCCGACCCUGUUGAGGGCGUUGUGGAAGGUCUCGAGCUUCCGAGAAGAUGAACUCGAGCAGGAUGGAGGAGAGAACAAGAAGCCGCCGAGAAGAUGGACAAAUUCAUAUGCGGCGGAGGAGACGCUGUUCUACCGCAUCACGAAACACAUCUCCUCGGGCGCAGCGCCUCGCGACCUUCAGGAGAUCGUGGAAUUGAUCAAUGCGUGUGUACGGUGGAUGGGGACGAUGGUUACUGCGGCACACCCCGUGCGCCAGAUGAUGGGUUUGGCUCCCACGAGUCCGGCUGAAAUGGCAGCAGUGCACAUGGCUCUUGGUACAUUGGUUGUCUCGGUGGUGGAGAGUGAUCGAGUACUACACUUUCUCAGAAGAAGGGCGGUACCGAAGUCUACACGGCUAGAGCUGGGAAAAGCGUUGGCAGGAUUCGUGCCGCUGUUGAUAGAGAGCAGCCCUCAGAGUGCUGGAAGGCUGGAGAUUUUUCGGACGGAAACACUGAUUUCGUUCGAACCUCCUGAACCGAAGGAGCCCAAAACUGGAGCGGACAAGGAGAUCGAAGAUAUGCUACAGGCAGGCUUGGAGCCAGGAGUAGACAGUAUGGUUGUAGAGGAACUUCCAGUCGUCAAUACUAGGGCGGGCUUGUAUAUCUACCUCAACUCUCUGGACGAUAUCCGAUCUACCAUGGUAGAUCUUAUUCUCGCAGCGUUUGAUGUCCUCGCAAAUGCAACGUUUCGCAACGAACGAGCCCAGACUACAAACAUUCUCAGAUCCUUCCUCAUCAACAAGAUCCCGCUUCUCCUCUCAGCUUUGUCGUCGUCACUUUUCCCACCUCUCACCUCUGAGUUUUGUAUCACAGAAGCUCUGAGGCAUGUCGAUACCACGGUCUUUCCCACACUAUCCAACAUGUUUGAUGAGACGAGCAACAAUAACAUGUUCUCCGACUCGGUGCGGCAGGAUUUCUGCUUUGCAUGUUGUCUACACGGCUUAUUGGAAGAGUCGAGUAUCGAAGAGCUAUUGGGCGACAUUCCAAUGCAGAGUUUACCAGCAGGUGGUAGGUAUAUGAAAGAAGACCUGGUUCAGCAAUGCUUGUCAGAUCCGGAAAGGACCGAGGGUUUGGUCGAUGAGUUGGAGCAUAUGGACGGAAACGUCGGGGCUGUAAGCCAUGCUAUCACAGAGGCGAGUAUUGAAUACCCCAUCAAUAAGGAGACAAUGUCCCUGAAAAGUUUGUGUAAUCAGCUUGUCAGGAGACCAUACUCGCUUGACGUGAUGCUUCUUUUCGACAAACCUUCAACAUUCCUCCAACCAAUCUGCGACCUGCUUGAUAACUGGCGAUAUGACGAGGACCAAGGAGAGUACCAGCCCGUAUACGAAGAAUUCGGAGCCAUUCUUCUGCUGGUCUUAUCAUUCACUUAUAGAUACAACCUAUCUACUGUCGACCUAGGAAUACGAAACCCGAAUUCGUUUGUCGCCAAGCUUCUCAAUCGCGGCCAUCUUAGCCGUAAGAUGGAAGACAUGACCGAGGCCGAAUCGCAACAUCUCAAGGGCUGGAUACAAGGUCUGUUUGACAACGAAAGUGGUGGGCUCGGAGAUGAGUUGAUGUCGUCUUGCCCACCGCAAGACUUUUACCUUCUGGUGCCGACCCUCUUCCAUGAGACUGCCUUGGCAUGCUCAACCAAAGUUCUGUCUGAUGAGACACUGAAAGGUGGAUUGGAGUACUUGGUCGACACUUUCCUCCUCCCAUCCUUGGUUUCUGGCAUCAACUGGUUGGCAUGCCAGCUUUGGGAAUCCCGCGGUGACGCCAACGCUGUCCUUCAAAUCCUCUCUGUACUUAUCACGAAUCCGGCCUCCAUAUCCAAUAACACCGAAGCCUCUCAGAUGCUCAACUCAAUUCUCAACAUCGUAGCUAAGAACCUAGAGCAAAGUCUCCGCUGGCUCCAACGCGCCGAGCCGUCACGACAAGACAUCGAGCCUCUUCUCAAAGCCCUCCGCGGCAACCUCGGCUGGGAACGUCGCGGUGCAAGCGACCACACCGAACUCGAGUCCUGGACCGGCUCACCAAGUGGUGGUCUCAUCGUCGCCAUCAACUCAACUCUCGGAAAUAUGGUACAGUGGGCUCUCAACCCACGCCUAAGCAGCCAUCCUGCAAACUACACCCACCGGCUCAUCCUCGUCGCCGUCAAAAUGCUAGGCGCCAAACGCGUCCUAGCCGCUCUCAUCGAUGAAUUGAAGACGCACAUUGAAAACGGCAGUGGAAGUGCCGCCCUCGAUGCAGCAUGCGCUAUCGUCUGCGCCCCGGAACCCGCGAGCUGGGACACGGGAAGCCAAAUCGAUGUCAUCCCGCCUCAACAGCGGCGCAUGAACCUCCGCGAAGCUCUCAAGUCCGAGGCCGAAGACGCCCCCCAGCUGCACAAAACGGAGCCCUGUCGCGCCGAGACGAUCGUACGCCUGUACCGCAAGGUGGAAGCCCAGCUCAGCAUGCCACAGCAGGCUAUGGAUGCACUGGGCGAUCUCAACAACGCCAUCGACGCCGCGGGCAUGGAUGCGCUGGCGUCCGUGGUGGAUACCGGCCGGGGGAACCUUUUGAUUGGCUCCCUGGGAGGUGAGCAUGGGGACUUGAUGUCGGGGCUGAUGGGGGGCGGGGAAGAUCUAUUGGGAUUUGGAAGUGGAGGCGAUCUGGGGGGUGGGAUGGGGGAUGGUAUGGGGGAUGUUAUGGGGGGUGGCAUGGGGGGUGGCAUGGGCUUUUGA